AUGUCAUCUCGAAAGCCAACGGAUGUUGCAGCUAAGGAGCGCAACGAAUACAUUCCCUCGUUCAUCUCGAAGAAACCCUUCUACGCAGAAGAUGAGUCGAAUGACGACUAUCUCGAGCAUCAGCGUCUACAAAAGAAAUCUCAGGAUCAGUCCAAAUGGUACGAUCGGGGGAAGCGCACGGGGCCGGCUGCAACCAAAUAUCGCAAAGGUGCUUGCGAAAAUUGUGGCGCCAUGACACACAAAACUAAGGAAUGUUUAAGUCGACCGCGCAAGCACGGAGCCAAAUGGACCGGCAAGGAUAUUCAAGCGGAUGAAGUGAUUCAGGAAGUCGAUCUGGGCUGGGAUGCCAAGCGAGACCGAUGGAACGGCUACGACGCGAGCGAAUAUCGCCAGGUGAUCGAUGAGUACGAGGAGCUCGAGUCUCUCAAGCGAACCACAAAGGAAGGAGCCGACCUUCAAAAACGACAGGACGAAGAUGGUGACGAAGAUCGCGAGGAUGGAGAUAUACGAUACGCCGAGGAGUCCGAUAUGGGUCGACACCAGAGCACUGCGACACGUAACCUUCGCAUUCGGGAGGAUACCGCCAAAUACCUUUUGAACUUGGACCUUGACUCCGCGAAGUAUGAUCCGAAGACCCGGCGAAUGGUGGAUAUGGGCGCACAGGAGGAUCAAGCUUCCGCGCUGGUAGCGGAGGAGAACUUCAUUCGCGCUUCUGGAGACGCCGCUGAGUUUGAGAAAGCCCAGCGCUAUGCUUGGGAUGCCCAAGAAGCAGGAAGGUCAAAGAUUCACUUGCAGGCCAAUCCGACAUCGGGAGAAUUUUUGCGGAAGAAAGAGAGAGAUGAAACAGAGGCCAAGCGGCAGGCCGAGCGGAAAGCUUUACUGGAGAAAUAUGGCGGCAACGAGCAUCUCGGUGCUACCCCAUUGCGAGAUUCGAUGGUCGUUGAGAACGAGCGUUUCGUGGAAUAUGACGAGUCAGGUGCCAUCAAGGGCGCCCCGAAAAAGGCCACCAAAUCCAAAUACGCUGAAGAUGUCAUGGUGAACAAUCAUACAUCGGUCUGGGGGAGUUGGUGGUACGAAUUCAAAUGGGGCUACGCGUGCUGUUUUUCCACGGUCAAAAACAGUUAUUGCACUGGUGAAGAUGGCAAGGAGGCUUUCCAACAAGAGGGUAACAUGUUACUCUUGCCGGAGACGGACAACAAUGCCGACGACCAAGCCGACCAUGAGGAAAAUGAGGAGAAGGAAACACAGUCCAAUCAGCACAAGAAACGGACGCUCGACGAGAUCAAAUCCGGCAUCACAGAGGAAGAGCUCGAGUCGUACAAGCGAAGCCGGCUUGCGGCCGAUGAUCCCAUGGCGAAGUUCAUUGGGAACGACGAAAACGACGACUAG